AUGGACGCGAGCCAAGGGCUUGCGAGCAGUUUGGGUAGGGCCGAAUGGCAACAGGCAGAUACAACCCAUGAGGAACUGAAUCAGGACCAUGGCUACGUUAUAUCUCAAGAGAAGGCUGCCAAGGCAAACUCUCAGAAAGAGAUAACAUGGAUAUUGCGCUCAUGGGUAUGGAUUGAUGUGAAAAGAACCAGUGCCACCACGUUAAUCGGUGUCACAUUCAGGGGUAUCACCGACGGAGGUGUGUAA